UACUGUUUCAGAUGUCGCUUCGAGCUAUGAUCCAUAUUGCAAUGCAGUAAGAGCGGGUGGUAUCGAAAUUGUUCGUCCACAAAAUUCACCAAUCCACCCACGGAAUGAAAUUCGGAAUCUUCAUCUGGAAACUGGAGAGUUCGUUCAUUAUGAGUCUCCUUCAAAUAACAGCUUCGAUAUGGAGACGUCUCUGACAAUAGCUCUCCAAAUAAUUCUGCAGAAUACAUCCGGAUACAUCAAAAAUCUCAAAAUAUGGAGUACUGUUAGUGAAGAAUUGAAUACAAUCGUCAAAACGGUUUUGGACAAUCAAGCAUUGACACAAUAUGAGUAUGUUGAAUGUGUCGAUGGUGCCUGUAGAACUGAGUUUGAUAUUUUUGUUAUUGGACCAAAUAUUUCUUCCCAUUCCAACGACCAUCUGAAACCCGGUGGAUUCAUUCUUCAGAUUGGAACUGGUUUGAAGCUUUCUGGCAUGCAAGUUAUAUUCCAAGCGGGCUGUGGUAGUAAAAAUAUCACUCUACUAACCCCAAAAACCAUACGCUGUAGAGAUUAUGAAGUUCUCAAGAUAAGAAAGAACGAGUUCAGUUGGUUGCAAAGACUAGAAGUUUUAUUACAAACUAAUUCUGUUAAAGUGGUAUAUUUAGUCAGUCAAGAAGGAGAUAUUAAUGGAGUUGUGGACCUUAUGAGAGUAUUAUCUACAGAGUCUGAGCGACUGUCAUUCAGAAGUAUAGUAACAGAUUCAAAUUCUAAAGUGUUUUCUGUUGAUGAUGAAAUGUAUCAAAGACAAUUGGAAAAGAAUGUAGCGAUCAAUAUACUUAGGAAUAAUGGAUGGGGAACUUACAUUCAUUCGCCUUUGGAAAACAAAACGAAAGGAGAAUCUAUGUCGAUAGAAACCGCUGGUGAACUGUCACCAAUACCUUCAGUCAUAACUAGAUCACAGGCCCAGGAAGAAGUGAAAAUUUCCUAUUUAGGUUUAGAUUCUACAAAAACCAAUAUGUCCGAUUCGAUGACCUGUUCAGGAUACUCUGGAGUGAGAUCUUCAGGUGAGAGAGUUAUGGGACUAGUUGCAUCUGAGGAAGUUUCUACGCGGUUUGAAUUCCAUUCAGUCUUCACAUGGACGAUACCAAAAUCAUGGAGCUUGCAGGAGGCUGCUACUGUACCUUUGGCAUAUGCAACGAGUUACUAUGCUUUGUUGGUAAGAGGAGACAUGAAAAAGGGAGAAUCGAUAUUAAUACACUCGGCAGCGGAAGAAGUCGGACUUGCAGCAAUUUUCAUUUCGCUUAGUAUGGAAGCAGUCGUUUUCGCCAGCGUUAGCAGCUCCAAAGAAAAAGAAUUUCUCAAAAAACUAUUUCCCAAACUUAAUGAUGAAAAUAUUGGAAUUGUCACAGACGGAAAAGUCGAGAAUAUAAUAAUGGAACGAACUAAAGGACGAGGCGUCGAUUUGGUUCUGAAUUUCACAGCCGAUUCAUUUCAACCUUCCUUCAUGUGUCUAGCUGAUCGAGGACGAUUCCUCCAAAUUCACAAAGAAGAUCUAGUAUUUGACAUAGUCGUUAAUUCAUACAUUUUCUUGAGAAAUUGUAGCUUCCAAGAAAUCGAUAUGGAUGAUCUGUUCCAUUCGGAAGACGAGGAAUGUGAAAUCGUUCGUGACCUGAUCAUUGAAGGUAUCAAAACGGGUGUUGUGAAACCUCUUCCCUCCACAGUUCACGAAGUAUCAGAUAUGAAAAGUUCGACUGGAGUAUCUCCCUAUAGAAAGCAUGAAGGAAAAGCUCUACUCAGGAUCGAUCACGACAAAUUAGAUGCUGUCGAAGUAAUUGAAACUGGCACACAUCCUUUACCUUUGAACUUGGAUUCUGAAAAAUCCUAUGUAAUAAUAGGGGGGCUAGGUGAUUGGGGUCUUGAACUAGCAGAUUGGUUGAUAGAACGAGGAGCAACGAAAAUAGUCUUGAACUCUGAAGUGACCGUAUUCAACGCGUACCAGGGAUUAUGUUUGAGAAGAUGGUCCAGGAAUAAAGAUGUUGUUGUGAAAGUGACUACUUUCCAUAUUAGUAAUCCGAAGAUGGUUGAGGAUUUAGUGCUGGAGGCACGGAAAUUGGGACCUGUUGGAGGUACGUGGAAUAUUCAAAUUUUGAGUUACAUUUCAUUGUGAGAGCAUGUGUUUCAA